AAAACAGUUGCUAGUUCUGUGGCUACGAGUAAACCUACAGAAAAAAAGGAAACAGUUGUGUGUCCUCACACGCGCAACGAGUGCAUUUUAAAACGUUCUCUGGUGGAGGUCUGAAAAAGAAAAAAACCAUGAAAGCCCUUACUGGCAUGUGCCCGAACAGUGCAGGUGCAGGCGCGUCGCUGACGGCAAUUGCAACCGGUCGGGUGCAGCGCCAUCGCGAAGGUGAAAAUGACGAAAUCAAGCUGUACCUUUCAAAGCUGCGGGAGCUGGUCCCGUCGAUGCCGAAGAACCGCAAGCUGACAAAGCUCGAAGUGAUACAGAACGUCAUCGAUUACAUCUGCGAUCUGCAGAAUGCGCUUAAUUCGCAUCCGUCCGCCAACAGCUUCGAUCCGUUGGUUGCUUUGCAGCAACAUCAGCAACCCAUCGGUUAUACGGCGAUGGUGGAACCAAUCGAUACGGCCACAUCGGCAGCAUCCCGGCAGCCAUUGGGUGUUCGAGCAGCACCUAACACAAUCUUACCGAGUGGAGGCAACAAUACGGGCGGAUCAUUCCUCGGUGUUAUCGGC